AUGUGCCUCUGCUCACCAGCGUGGCGUCUGUCAGACCGCCGUGGGCUCCACGGAGCUCACGGUACUCUCAAGCUUCACGUGGUGUGGGGGGUGGAGAGGGCUCAGCCCCUGGGGACCCGCCCAUCAGUGAGGCCGCCCUGCGGCGCACACGCUCUCGUGUGCACGGACACCUGCCCGCCUAUGCUAGCCCGCGUCGCGCAGAACCACACGGGGACAACAAGAGGGGGCCCGGUGUCCACCCGGCCUCUUCCAGGGUUGGGGCAGGGGUGCGUGGUGGAGGUCCCUGCUGUUUUCCGUUUUCCACGCUUCGUGAUUUACAAGGUGCGGGGAACGGGGCGCCCACUUGCCCACCUGAAGUACGAAAAUGCAGUUUAUGGGAAGCCCACUUGUGAAAAUGAUCCAGCCCUGCCCCUGCAUGAGACCCAGAGGGUGUGGACAGCCAGUGCAGACACCCUGAGGCAGCUGGGAGACCCAGAGCAGUGCUCUCUCCUAUGUCUCCCUCUCCCUGCGCACCUCCCAAAGGAACGCCACCACCCAAGAGGCCCGGGACCUGCCGCCCAGAAAGGGUACGGUAGAUGUGAUGCCCUCACGGCCUCCUCUAGAUACGGAUGCAUCCUUCCUUAUUCUGACGAGGACGGCGGACCCCAGGACCAACUGAAAAAUGCCAUCUCCUCCAUUCUGGGCACCUGGCUGGACCAGUACUCGGAGGACUUCUGUCAGCCCCCAGACUGGUCUGUGUCCCAUCUGGAAGCAGCAGGGGGUGAAGGCAGAACGUUGAAGACGGCCGGGCAGGGCUGUGAUGCGUCCGGGCCGGCUGCCGGUCGCUGUCUUCGCAGAGCAAACUCAGGAGAUCGGCAGGAAGCUGGUCAGCGGGGACGCCUACUCCCUCUUCUCGACUGAGGGGCAGGUGCAUGAAACCACCAGCGUGAGCCAGUGUGGGCUCAGGACGAGUGCGGCCACUGAGGGGUUGCUAGAUCCAGGGACUGGAGAUGGCCAGGAAAGUCGUCCUGUCCAGAUGCCACCCAGGCCGCCCCAAAGCCCUCGUCCUCCAGACUCGGCCCGAGGAGCCGGAGUCCACGGAGGCCGAGCUGAGGGCCGGAAGGCUGGCGGUGGACGCAUGUGGGUGUGUGGGGCCGGGCGCUGCUGGGCCAGGCAGAGAGGAGCCCCCGGAGGCUGGUGUGGGACCAGGAGCUAAGACCGGCCUCAGAGCACCCAGUGGGGGACCGCGGUCCGGAAGAGGUCCAGGUGUGGGUUCCUGGGCAAGAGCUUCUGGAAAAGGCAGCAGGCUAUUCCUUUCUUUGGAAACGCCUGUCUGGAAGGCAGGCAUGUUGAUCUCCUCUUGCGUCAUCUCCAGAGCGAGCGGCGGUUCUGGCCCCGGAUCCUCUCCGAUCUGAAGAUGGAGAUUCAGCUGCAGAAGCAGCAACGGAACUGAAGCCGCAUCCAGAGCCGGCGGCAUUUCCAUCAAGAGCAGGCGUCCCGCCUCCAGACCAGGAGCCGCCUGCACCCAGCGGCGCCCGCCUUCUGCUGCGGCUCCAGGAGAACCCGAGCCAGGGCCCCACCCGCUGGGAACGUAGACCCGACCUCUACGCUCGAUCUUGCAGAAGACGUGGAGCCAGCUGGGCACCCAGCAGCCCUGCAGGGAGAGCCGGCCCCUGGCCCCCUCCGUCCCUGCCCCUGCAAGAUCCUGGAGCCAGCUGGGCACCCGGCAGCCCUCAGGGGAGCUCCAGCUGUAGAACUACCCUCAGUGCCAAUGCCUGAUACACAUUUUCAGCCCGAUGCCCCACCAAACACUCCUUCCUCUCCCCUGUUAUGGUUUCUGUUUUGUGUUUGUUUUGUCUAUUUUUGUCUUAUGCUGUUUUCUACUUUAGACUUUAAAUAAAAUCACUUCUUUUAAAUUGUGC